AUGAAUGAGACCGAGGGUAUCGCGGAUUCAAAGCAUGACAUUGAGGCACUCAAUCGGUUUACCUCAGGUCGUUGGCUCUGGAACGAGCGACAGCAGCUUGCCUGCCGCUAUGUUAGGUUCGACCUCUCGACACUUCUGAAACUCGCUGCCUCCGCGAUCGGAUCGAGGUCAUGCACCCGAGUGCUAAAGAUCUCGGAGGGUCAAUAUAACAAAGUAUUCCAACUUACCAUGGACGAUGGACGCGAGAUUAUUGCGAAACUUCCAAAUCCCAACGCAGGCAGACCACACUUCACGACAGCUAGCGAGGUUGCAACCAUGGACUUUGUAUGGCCUAGUUUCCUUUUCUACUGCGACUUCUUUUUAAGGAAUGUCCUGGAACUCCCUGUUCCGAAGGUCUACGCCUGGAGUUCUCGAGCAUCAGAGAACCCUCUCGGAGCAGAGUAUAUCUUCAUGGAGAAGCAGGCUGGCGUGGUAUUAACCGACGUAUGGGAUACCAUCAAAGGAAAACAGAAGAUCCAAAUUCUCGACCAGGUUGUUGAUAUUGAAAGGCGCUUAGCAACCAUACAAUUCGCCAAGUUUGGAUCCUUAUAUUAUAAAGACGACCUGACCAAUAAUGCCGAUUCUACUUCACCGCUAUAUGUUGAUUCAACUGGAAACGAAGUGCGGAACAAAACAUUCGACAUUGGUCCGACUAACCACCGAUCUUUUUUUGACUUCGGGAGAGGCGCAUUAGAUAUUGAACGUGGCCCAUGGUCAACAGUCACAGAAUUCAUGUCAGCUAUUGCGCGGAGGGAGAUUGCAACUGCAGAAGCAGGUCUCCAGUAUCCCCUAAUGCCUGAGGGCCUUUUCUACGGCCCCCGACAAUACCAGCCUAGCCUUUCUAAAAAGCUCUCCGGGUUAGAGAACUAUCUCAAGGUGGCACCUCAUGUUCUCCCAGAGAAUAAGGCCACCCAUGCCUCAGUUUUAUGGCACGGCGAUCUUCAUUCGCAGAAUAUAUUUGUCGACCCUCAAGACCCAGGCCGUAUUGUCGGAAUUAUUGACUGGCAGUCCGUCAGUGCUUGUCCGCUUUUUAUGCAGGUUGGACGCCCGGCGUUUCUUGAUUACAACGGUCCGGUUCCUGAAAAUUUGGGGAAGGUCCCUUUACCACAAAACCUCAACUCCAUGGGACCAGACGAACAGCAGAAAGCAAAAGCACUCCAUCUAGCACAGUCGCUACAUAAUCUCUACCUCGUUCGGCAUCUCCAAGCUAACAAAACAGUUUUUCAAGCGAUCCAGGGCCAGAAUACCCUCCGGCAUCAGAUUAGUAUGGUUCCGGGAUUGGUCUUGAUGGACUACGAGCCGCUGCUCAAUAGCCUUCUGAAAGAUGUUGAGAAGGAGUGGGCACAGAUUGUUGGCUCUCCUCAGACGCCGUUCCCAUUGCAGUUCUCGGACGAGGAAGUCCAGCAGUGGGCGGUGGAUGGCGAACUCUGGGCCCAAGGGGUUGGACUCAUGGAUGUAUUUGUUAGCGACACCGGCUGUUUUAAACAUUGGGAUGGCAGGGUCAGCGACGGCGAUUACGAAAAAUCUAGGAAAGAGCUAGACGAGGGGGUGAAAAGGUUCUUGGACCGUGAGGCCAGGAAUGAUGCAGAACGCAGGGAGUGGCUCAAGGCCCUACCGUUCGUGGAUUGAAGUGUGCGGGCAAGGCUGGAAAAUAUCACUGGUUUAGCAUUUCCGGCAUUUUGUGGACCUUGUUGUAGGCUUUCACAUAUCCUACGGAAUAUAGGUCAGAGAUGGCUUGUCCCUCAUGUAUACCUAGGUACUCGACCCGUAUGUCUAGUGAGUCUAGUGAGAAGCCCAUUCUCGGUCGGACUCUGAGCGAGAGGAUCUCUCUGCCGUGCUUGCCCUUUUCUCUGGCUAGAUUCCUUUCAUUGGUUCAAGUCGCCAUGAUAAGCCGCAGAGGGGCCAUUGUUUCAGUGUACCAUCUUCAAACCACUGACCACAACACCAUCGUCUUAGAGGUGUAAUUGCAGCCGAUCUAACAUUGAAGUUGUUGACAAAACAGUCUAUGAUG